AUGGUGUCUUCGACGGCGCUAACGACGAAGGUGACUUCGGGGUCACCCUACCAGUUGGAGAAGACUCAGGUCUCCCGCGCCUCCACCGCCCUCCUCAAACACAUCAAGACCAAACAAGACGAGAAAGAGAAAACCGCCACGAAGAAGACCCUUAUCGGUGACAACGACGACAGCGACGCGGAAGAAGGCUCCCCUCUGCACAACGAAGCGAUCUGGCUCGUUCUCACAACGAAGAAGCACAUCGUGGACAAGAACCGCCUGAAGCCAGGCAAGAUCCCGAUUCCGCACAGCCUGAACGCCUCCCCGUCUCUCAGCAUCUGCCUGAUCACCGCGGACCCUCAGCGCAGCGUGAAGAACAUCGUCACGGACCCGUCGUUCCCUGCGCACUUGUCGUCCCGCAUCGAGCGGGUCAUCGGAUACUCGAAGCUGAAGGACCGGUACAAGAGCUUCGAGAGCCGGAGACAGCUCCUCGCUGAACACGAUGUGUUUCUGGCUGAUGAUCGGAUUAUCAUGCGGUUGGUGAAUACGCUCGGCAAGGUGUUCUAUAAGAGUAGUAAGAGGCCGAUUCCGGUGCGGAUUGCGGAGAUUGAGAAGGUGGAUGGAAAGAAGGUGAAGAAGGAUCCGAAGGUUAGGAAUGCCAGGAAGGUGGAGGGUGAAGGUGAUAAGGAAAGUGCGUUUGCGACGCCGGCGAUUGUGGCCAAGGAGAUUGAGAAGGCGUUGAACUGUGCGCCGGUGCAUUUGGCGCCCGCUACGACGGCCGCUAUUCGUGUUGGGUCGAGCAAGUUCUCGGCGCAGCAGGUUGCGGAGAAUGUGGAGGCUGUUGUGAAGGGGUUGACGGAUAAGUUCGUGACGAAGGGGUGGAGGAAUAUCAAGGCGUUGCACAUUAAGGGCGCGAAUACGAUGGCGAUGCCGAUUUGGUUGGCGAGUGAGUUGUGGGUUGAGGACGGGGAUGUCGUUGAGGAGGAGGAGACGACUGCUGUUGAGGCGGGUAAGAAGCGCAAGCAGAUUGGCGAUGCUGAUGAGGAGAAGUUGAUUGAGGAGGCGCCGAAGAAGAGCAAGAAGCCUAAGGCGAAGGCCGCUCAGGAUGAUGAGGAGACGCUGUCACUGGCUGCUAGGAAAGAGAAGCUUCAGAAGCAGAAGGCUAAGGCGUUGGAGGAUGGUGCCGUUGCGGUUCCGGUGUCGGCGACUGGUGCUGGCAAGAAGAAGAGAAAGUCGACUUCUUGA